GUAUAUUUACUAAGUCCCUUGGAAGGUAAUCUGGUAUCAUUGUCAGUUUGGCAGUUCAUUUCGAACAGUUUCAUCGUCCGCUUAAAGGUUAUAUUAUUUCGUGCUGAAGCGUAGGAAUAUCACACCUUGCGGAGACUACUAGAAGCCUUUUCCGUUCUAACAAACGCAAGUGGAACAUGUCGCAUACGUCUGAAAGAAGUAAAUCUGAAGAAUGGUCAGCAGAUAAAAAUGGACCAACCUCAGAUAUUCAAAGCAUGGAAGGCCCACCAGGAAUGGACCCUGAUGGUGUCAUCCAAUCCAACUGGGAGGAAGUUGUUGAUAACUUCGAUGACAUGAACUUGAAGGAAGAACUCCUCAGGGGUAUUUAUGCUUACGGUUUUGAAAAACCUUCUGCUAUCCAACAGAGGGCAAUCAUCCCAUGUGUGAAGGGACAUGAUGUCAUUGCACAAGCCCAGUCUGGUACUGGUAAGACCGCGACGUUCUCGAUUUCGAUCCUUCAGCAGAUCGAUACUGCGUUGCCAGAAUGUCAGGCACUGAUCUUGGCCCCAACCCGUGAAUUGGCCCAACAAAUCCAGAAGGUCGUAAUCGCUCUCGGCGAUUUCAUGUCGGCCCAAUGCCACGCAUGUAUCGGUGGUACCAAUGUCCGUGAAGACAUUAGGAAAUUGGAGCAGGGUGUUCACGUAGUCGUGGGUACACCCGGACGUGUAUUCGAUAUGAUUAAUAGGAGGGCUCUGCGCACCAAUAGCAUUAAGAUGUUCGUGCUGGAUGAGGCUGACGAGAUGUUGUCUCGUGGUUUCAAGGAUCAAAUUCACGAUGUCUUCAAGACUUUAAGCAUGGACGUUCAAGUAAUUUUGCUUUCGGCUACAAUGCCGGUUGAUGUAAUGGACGUAACCAAGUCGUUUAUGAGAGAUCCAGUGAGGAUUUUAGUCAAAAAGGAAGAAUUGACACUGGAAGGUAUCAAACAGUUUUACGUGUUUGUCGAGAGGGAGGAUUGGAAGUUGGAGACCUUAUGUGAUUUGUACGAUACUUUGUCGAUUACGCAGGCCGUAAUCUUCUGUAACACAAGACGCAAGGUUGACUGGCUCACUGAAAACAUGCACAAACGCGACUUCACUGUUUCUGCCAUGCACGGCGAUAUGGAACAGCGUGAGCGUGAUGUUAUCAUGAGACAGUUCCGAAGUGGUUCAUCUCGUGUUCUCAUCACCACCGAUUUGUUGGCUCGUGGUAUCGAUGUCCAACAAGUCUCUCUUGUAAUUAACUACGAUUUGCCUUCCAAUAGGGAGAAUUAUAUUCACAGGAUUGGUCGUGGUGGACGUUUCGGCCGUAAGGGUGUGGCGAUCAAUUUCGUUACUGAAGAUGACAAGCGCGUUCUUAAGGACAUCGAGACUUUUUAUACUACUCGCAUUGUCGAAAUGCCCAUGAAUGUGGCAGACCUCAUCUAAUUGGCUGUUUGCUGUGUCCGUCGUUGCCUAGAGUUUCCUAUGGUGCAGCCAGGGCCCACAAAAUAUGGAAAUAAAGAUCAUACAAUUUCCAUUAUAACAUCAA